UGAAGCAGUGGGCUCCUGCCAACUAGGGGCGGAACCAAGCUCAUGGCAAGGUGAGCUUCAGCCCAGGACGUAAGAAUUUUGCCAAGGUAUAGUCUAGUAGUUAAAGUUCAGCCUGGACGUGACCAGCUAAUCUCUGAACCUUGCGGCGUAAGCCAGCGUCACCAACUUACCCUUGCGCCGACUUAACUGCGAUUAACUGGCUGAUUAACAAAAGCUUCCUUGCUGGGAACGGAGCCUAAUAAUACGGCAAGAUAUCUACACAGCCUGAUCAACUUGGCAUUAGCGUUCCACGACGAAGAGACAACUAAAAGUCCAUUUUUUUAACCUGCUUUUGGAAAUAUAUGAUUCUUAUCUCCUCUGCAUGUGAUGUGGACCGCCUCCUCUGGAUCUCUGCCUUGCCGGCGAAGAAACACGGCUGUGAGCGCAACUACUAAACCGGAAGCCCUUCACGCCGCGGGGCUCUAGUUAGCAAGAACUUGUUGCGCUGCCAUUGCAUGCCUUGCGCUCUUUCUUGCUUGGGAGAAGCUCGUUUACUACUUGCCCCGUCUUGAAUCUUGCUGCAGAUAAUUGCUUUAGGGACUGCGAUUAACUCCUGAAUUUAACCUGCCAAGAUCAGUUCUUGCCGGUGCCUAUUCCAGUUACCAAUUGCACCAUGACAAGAAACGCGUGGUUUCUCCUGCUGAUCUUGACGUGCCUAUUGAUUUGUCCUCGGAGGAGCAGCGGAUUCUCAUGGAACAUCUUCUCCUCGUUCUCGUCGUCGGCGGCGGCGACGGGUGGCAAGCGCGCUCCGAUGAUGGAGCUGGACGGCGCGGUCGCCGACUUCUCUAUUGAUGGCGCCAACGACCCGAGAGGGGCGAAGCUGCUGGAGAACGCGCGGGGCAGGCUCGCCGGCCCGAGGAACUGCUGGCAGGAGGCGUACCGGAAGCUCUUCGCCAGCUGCGGCGACAUCAUGGCCGACAAGGAGAGGCAGUCGCGGCUGGCGUGGCACCUGACCAGCUGCUUCCAGGAGGACUCCGGCCGGCCCCCCUUUCCGUCCUGCAGCGAGAGCUCCAAGAUGGUGCAUUGCCGCAAGCGGCUGAGCGACUCCGAGGGCAAGGUCUUCCUCGAGUUCUUCCUGGAGACCAACACCCUGUGCCACCAAUUGCAAGCUGAAGCGUUCAAGCACAACACGGAGAGGCUCGUCAAUGACCUGACAAGGACAUCCAAGUCUGCUGAGGAGAAGCUCGAGGUGAUCGAGGAGAGGUCAGACCAAAUCAUCAAGGAGUCCGGCAAGGUCCAGGACGCGCUGUCAUCGAUCGAAACUCAGGCUGAUCAUCUGGCGGAGACGUCGAAGAACGUCGGGGUGCAGAUCAACGACGUGCUGGCUCACUCCAAGGCCAUCUUUGAGCAGUCCAAGGAGAUCGCCACCUCUCAGGCAGAGUUAAGGGAAGAGCAGACGGAGAUGAGGGAGAAGAUUGACGCCGGCAUGGCGCGCAUUGAGGAGUCGUAUGAGAGCCUGGGCAAUGGGAUGGAUAAACUGAAGGAUGAGGCCUCGUACAUUCAGAAGGAAAUAAAAACAGUUGGUGAUUCGAUGUCUUCAAAGAUGCAAAAUUUGCAGAGCACUGCUGAUGAUAUUGGGAGUGUUGCUGGCAAGUCACUGGAGAAUCAGAUGCAGCUAUUGGAUGGUCAGACUCGGGCAAUGGAAGGACUGAAUAAUCUCCACAGCUUUCAAGCACAAGCUCUUGAAGAAAGCAGGGAAACAGUACAGAAACUUGCGCAAUUUAGCCAGAGUCAGCAAGAAGAGCUACUGUCCCGACAAGAACAAAUUCGGCAAGCUCACGAUCAUCUCAUCCAGAAUUCGCACGACAUACUGGAAGCACAGGAAGAGUUCAGAGCUAAGCAGGCCAACAUUUUUGCUGCUCUGGACAAGCUGUACAUCCUGCACAACGCCAUUCUUGCCGAGUCUCGCUUCAUCAAGGCCUUCUUCUUCUACUGCUGCAUCGUGUUCCUCAUCUACAUGCUCACGAGCGCAAAGCAGACGUUCAGCAUUAGGGGCCAACUUUACUUUGGGCUGUGCAUCACUCUUAUGCUGGAGAUUGGGCUGAUCAAGCUCGGCGCCGACGACUUCGACAAGCAAUUCUGGGUCAUGUCCAAGGUGUUCUUGGUCAGAAUGGUGUUCCUCGGUGUUGCUACUCUUCAGAUCUUGCACUCCAUAUUCACCUACAGGGACUACGAGUUGCUGAACCACCGGCUGCUCCAGACACUGGUCGAGAAGGUCCGAGCACUGGAGCAGAACGCCGGCGGGAGGACGCUGUCGUACGGCUCGGGGGAGAGCGAGAGGAGCCUGAGGGACUACUCGUGGGUCUUCGACGAGCUAGCGGACGAGGUGGACAGCAAGAUGGACCCAACUUACACCUUGCCGCCGGAGCGAGCGCGUGGAAGGUGCGCCGACGACGUCGUCUUGCCGGAAGAGGUCGGCGAGAACUCCAUCACGACGUCGGUCAGUCGGAGGUACAAUCUGCGGUCGCGGAAAUAGGCAGUGGUCAUUUCUGCCCCCCGGGUUUGCCCAUCUUGGUAGUUUGAGACUUUUGAGUUUGGAGGAGCCUUUUGAGUGCCACAUGAGAUGUUGACGAAAAUUUACACGAAAUUUGAGUAUGAUGAAGCUACAAUUGCGAAAUAAAGUUCCACCGAACAGAUUUCUUGUGCGUUGUCGAAAAAUUGAUUGGCUCUCUCCGGCCUCUCUCGCUUUGUGACGCUCAUGGUUUCGCAGUUUUCCAGCCAAGCCUAGUG